CGGUGCAGUUGAUCGUGAUUGGUCGAGUUCUGUACAACGUCAUCCCAGAGGCUGAUUGUGAUUGGUGAGCACGCCCAGUUCACGACGCGCACGCGUGAUAAGUUUGGAAGCAGCUGUUGAGCGGUGAAGCUGCGGUUAAACGUGUGGAGUUGUGUAGUUUCGACGCGUGUUGACACGAGCAAAUGUUUUCUUUUCAUGGUUUUAAGAGGGCUGAAUUAACAUUAAAACAAGCCUGAACGUCUUUUACUUACGAGUGCACCACCAAUAGGCUCGCACGUGCAGCCUAAAUGUAUACGGUGUAUAAUGAGAAUUCCAGCCACAAGAUAGCGCUUUAGGUAAACAGACAGACUGCAGGCAUGUUUUAUGAAGAUUAAAGAAAUGUGACAGGAAAAUAUAUAUACACACCAUACCUACAGUUGGUUUUAGAGUGCACUGAUGACCAAUGACUGCCUCAGCAACAACCUCAUACACUUUAGUAAUUGUGCACAUAAGAAAAUGAUGUUAUGUUGUGUUAUGUGCUUAACAUGACGUCAUAACAUCAAAUAUUCUAGUAAUUCUAGUAAUUUACAGUCCUACAGGAGCAUCUAAUAGGCAAAAAAAAAAGCUAACUGAAUAGCUGAGUAGGUUGUGUCAUAGUAAGUUUUAAAAAAAAAAAAAAAAAAAAAAAGUGGCAACAGUGCUUAAAAAAGACACCAUAGAGAUCCCACACUGUGCUGAAUACCAGAAACAGCUUAUUAUCAUAUUGGACAAGUAAUAAAUAGUUUAGUGUUCAGGUUAAGAUUUCUUCCAUCAUAUAGACUAGCAAACCCAGUAAUAAGGCCUGUUCACCAGUGCAUUACAAUUCACACCUGAUGAACACGAGUGCUACACACUUUCACACACUUUCACACACGCAGCAGCACCGCAGAGCUGAAGGUCAGAAUUCACUUCUCCAGUGCACAAGUCAGCUGGACAGAUAUACACACUGGACAUGUAACAUUCAUGAACUGAUAAAUACUAGGGAGGACUUUGUGUAGCUGUGCUGUGCCGCACUGAUUCCCUGUAAACACGGUUUGGGCAAACUGACGCGUUUUGCGCAUUUCCUGCACUGUAGCGUUCACACACAGCUGGGAGGAGGGGGGAAGAGGCAGGGCUGCAGGAAACCGAGCACCGAUGAACAGCUAAACGGCCCGGGAAGCUGAAGAAGAGCGAACGGAAACAGCACCUAUCCUCGACCCUGAACCAUUUCCCUUCAUCAGCUGGAAGAGUGUGAAAUAAAGCGUUCCCAAAUGUCCGGAGGACAAGCUGGACUCCGUCCCGAGCUCCGGCCUGGGGAGGAAGAGUAGGAGAGGAUUUCUACCCCUCAGGAGCUCCAGCUCGGGCAUGUUUUUGCUCUCAUGCAGAGAUCGAGGUGCGGAAUCCCCCAUGUGAACAUCAGCACGGUUCUUUCCCCCUUUGACGCAUUGAUGAUCGAGCUGUUUUUUUUUUUUUUUAAAUGAUCUCGUUUCAUAUCGCAUAUAUGUGCGUGGAAAACGACUGCAGAGAGCUAAAAGAAGUGAAACCCUGCUGUCUGUGCUGCCUGUAGGACUGUCUGUGAGUGUUGGACUGUUCAUUUUAACCGGGUUGAUUGUGUUUCAUUGCUUUAUUACAAGUCCAGAUUUUCUCCAGCCGCCCUGUUGAAUAACUCGCCCGAGUGACAGGGGAUUAAAGGUGCAGUGUGAGGAAUUCACUGCAUUCAUCACGCCACCAUGGUGGUCUUCAACGGGCUGCUGAAGAUAAAGAUCAUCGAGGCACUGGACCUGAAACCUACAGCCUGGUCUCUGAGGCAUGCCGUGGGACCGAAGGCGCAGAGCUUCCUGCUGGACCCGUAUAUCGCCCUCAAUGUGGACGACUCCCGUGUGGGUCAGACAUCCACAAAGCCGAAGACCAACAGCCCUUCAUGGCAUGAUGAGUUUGUAGCUGAGGUGCGUGACGGCCACAAAAUUGAGCUCUCGGUGUUUCAUGACGCGCCCAUUGGCUAUGACGACUUUGUGGCCAACUGCACCAUCCAGUUCGAGGACCUGCUGCAGAACGGCAGCAAGCACUUCGAGGACUGGAUUGACUUGGAGCCAGAGGGAAAGGUGUAUGUCAUCAUCGACUUGACUGGAUCUUCCAGUGAAGCAGGCAGCUUUGAAAAUGAGGAGAGAGUGUUUCGCGAGCGUAUGCGGCCCAGGAAAAGGCAGGGAGCUGUGCGGAGGAGAGUGCAUCAGGUCAAUGGCCACAAGUUCAUGGCCACCUACCUGAGACAACCCACCUAUUGCUCACACUGCCGCGAAUUCAUCUGGGGUGUUCUAGGAAAGCAGGGCUAUCAGUGUCAAGUGUGCACAUGUGUGGUCCACAAACGCUGUCAUGAGCUUAUCAUAACCAAGUGUGCAGGGCUAAAGAAACAGGAGGACACAGCUGAGGAGGUGGGCUCUCAGCGCUUCAGUGUGAACAUGCCCCACAAAUUCAGUAUUCACAACUACAAAGUGCCCACAUUCUGUGACCACUGCGGCUCGUUACUGUGGGGGUUGAUGAGGCAAGGACUGCAGUGCAAAGUGUGUAAGAUGAAUGUACACAGACGCUGUGAAAGUAAUGUAGCCCCAAACUGUGGCGUCAAUGCACGGGGCAUUGCUAAAGUGCUGUCUGACCUCGGAGUGACGCCUGAUAAAAUCUCCAGCAGCACACAGAGGAGGAAAAAGAUCAGUCAAGGUGCAGACCCUCAGCCUCUGCCAAUAACUCCACAAACAGAGGAGGAUCGCUCCAAAUCAGCACCCACUUCACCAUGUGACCAGGACAUAAAGGAUCUGGAGAACAUCAGGAAAGCGCUGUCUUUUGAUCACCGCGGGGAGGAGCUGAAAGCAGAGCCAGCUUCAUCCCCGAGUGAGGGCUGCUCAGAGGAGACGGGGGAGGGCCGAGAGAACGGGGAAGUGAAGACACUGCAGUCUAAAAGAAUGAACUUGGAGGACUUCAACUUCAUAAAAGUGCUUGGCAAGGGCAGCUUUGGCAAGGUGAUGCUGGCUGAGCUCAGAGGCACAGACGAGGUGUAUGCAGUGAAGGUGCUGAAGAAAGACGUGAUCCUGCAGGAUGACGAUGUGGAUUGCACUCUUACAGAGAAACGCAUCCUGGCUCUGGCCAGAAAACACCCCUACCUGACCCAGCUUUUCUGCUGCUUCCAGACGAAGGAUCGUCUGUUCUUUGUGAUGGAAUAUGUGAACGGAGGGGACCUGAUGUUCCAAAUCCAGCGUUCACGUAAAUUUGACGAAGCCCGCUCUCGUUUUUACGCUGCCGAGGUCACCUCUGCUCUCAUGUUUCUCCACCGGAAUGGGGUCAUUUACAGAGACCUCAAACUGGAUAACAUCCUGUUAGAUGCUGAGGGCCACUGCAAGCUUGCUGACUUUGGCAUGUGCAAGGAGGGCAUUCUGGAUGGUAUCACCACCACCACAUUCUGCGGUACACCCGACUACAUCGCACCUGAGAUCCUGCAGGAGCUGGAGUAUGGCCCAUCAGUGGACUGGUGGGCCCUGGGUGUGCUCAUGUAUGAGAUGAUGGCAGGCCAGCCGCCAUUUGAAGCUGAUAAUGAGGAUGACCUGUUUGAGUCCAUCCUCCACGAUGACGUACUCUAUCCAGUGUGGCUCAGCAAAGAGGCAGUUGGCAUCCUCAAGGCGUUCAUGACGAAGAGCCCCAAUAAGAGGCUUGGCUGUGUGGUGUCACAGGGCCUGGAGGAAGCCAUUAAAGUGCAUCCGUUCUUUAAAGAGAUUGACUGGGUGCUGCUGGAACAGAGGAAAAUUAAGCCACCUUUCAAACCCCGAAUUAAAACCAAGCGGGAUGUCAAUAACUUUGACCAAGACUUCACACGUGAAGAGCCUGUGCUUACACCCGUAGAUGAUGCCAUCAUCAAACAGAUCAAUCAAGACGAGUUUAAGGGCUUCUCCUACUUUGGUGAAGAGUCUCUGUCCUAGGAUUUAAAAAUUUAAUCUCCUGCAUUUUCUCUAUCUGCUACACAGUGGUGUUGUUCACCUUUAAGAACUGAAUGAAGACCAUCUACAGUGUGGGUUUACAUGUCUAAUUAAAAGCUGCUCAUGCAGUUUUUUUUUUUUUUUUUGAGUUACAGAAUUUAGGAUUUUUAUUUUAAAGAUCACAAAGAGUCUUUCAGCUGAACAAGUCAAUGCAAGUCAAUACGAUCAUAUACACACAUAUUACACACAUACAAACACAGUGAUGGAAAUGUGUGCCGCCGCAGAAACCCUGUUCAGAAUCUAAAUUAAAAAGAACCCCAUGUACUUUACUCUAAUAAUGAUUAUAAUAAUAAAUUUGUUUAUUAUUAUAUUAUCAGCCAAGCAGAUUCUUGGAGGUGUACUUUGCAUUCGUUUGAUGCUAGUUCAUUUUUCAUACGAGUGCAUGCUCAUUUUUCAAAGUCUCACAAAAAUGAAAGACUGUGGCUAGUCUUAGUUUCAUCUGGAAUCAGUAAUUAUUUUCUAUCUGGAAUUCUACCAGUUGAGAGUCAGCAUUAGCCCCAUACACAUAUACAGUGGGGUCCAAAAGUCAGAGUUCACAUUUAAAAUCUGGGUUGUUUUUUUUUUCAUUUAAAAUUGGAAAUAAACAGAAGGUUUUUUAGCAAAGAAAGCAAAGAAAGUAGAUGUUCAGUAUCUUGAAUAUUUACUAUUCAAUAUUCUGAAUUAUUUCUAGGUCCCUAUUUGGCUAUUAAAAUGUAAGCAAAUUUGUGAUAUUGACCAUGUUAACUGCUUUGUACAAAAGGUCAGAUUUUCCUCAUGCCUAAUCUCUUCCAUCGAAGCAUGUGUUCAGACAACACUCCAAUGGAUUCUACUUUUGGCUCAAGUUGUUAGGUUAAAUUUAUAAAUAUAUAUAUGUACUGUGUAAAAGUCUUAGGCACACUAUUUUCAUUUUUGUUGUACAAACUUUGUUAUAGAUUUUUAUUUUAUGACUUCUACAUUAUCAGUACAUUUUAGAUUUCCAAGCAUUAGUUUUCCAGCAGCACAAAAUUAAAUGUUACAGAGAAAGUUUUGUAUGUUAGUAGAGAAAGCUGCAUAUUACGUAAGAGACACUUUUCAGAUAAAAAAACAAUGAAAGCUGCUGGGUUUUGCUGCAAAAAUAAGAAGCAAAUGCGACAGUCAAAGUCUCCAGAAGAACUGUGGCUGGUUCUACAAGACGCUCAGUAAAACUUACAGCUCAUUUCCUUAUAAAACUGCACAAAUUGUACCUAAGACUACAAAUGUUUUUUUAAAGCAAAGGAUCGUCACACCAAAUAUUGACUUUGCUUCAUUUAUUACUGUUUACUGCUCUUUAUAGUAUUUUAUAAAUGUAGAAACAUUAAAUUUCAUUAUUUUUGAAGUCGCCCUUGCUCUACAGCAUUUCUUCGUGUGUGCCUAAGACUUUUGCACAGUACUAUGUG